AUGAGACGUUCGCUGUUGGUUGUGGUGGUAACCGUUUUACUCGGUUUUGUUACAGGAUCACCACUUCUUGAUUGGGGAAAAAAAGAUGGUGAUAGCUUGCUUGGCAAAGUGGCAACAAUCAAACAAACCGUUUACGAAAAGAAACGAGAGUUCUUGAACGGAGUCAACGAGAAAGUUUCAAAGAUGCUCUGGAUUCCACCAUGGCCAUCGUCGACAACGGAAGUAACACCGGUCAGUGGUUUACCGCAGCACGAUCCAGUUCCUGAAACGCCUAGCAUCUGGUGGUGGCAAACAACGGAAGAACCUCAUGCCAACACCAUCGCUACAACGACAACGACGCAAGCCUCGAUCAUCUCCACGACACAAUCUUCUUCAACAACUUCUGCUCCGGUUAGAACCCCACCGAACAAUGAUCGUCUUGUGUUUACCGUAGCCGACACAAACGAACUGGAACUGCCGAACGUUUUCAUGUUUGCUCGAAGCAGUUUCAUCCCUCCGGAAUUGCGACUCACAGAUUCAACGGAGUACGUUGGCCCUGUCUUGGGCGGUGGUCCUCCAACAUCACCAGAUCAUCUUUCCGACCGGCUAGUAGUAGCGUAG